AUGCCCAGUCCGAUCAGUAAUGUCAAGCUUGUGGAAAAAGCCGACACCACCAGUCCUGCGGCCAGUCCUAGUAUGGAACCCAAACUUAUUUGCUUGACAGCAGCGGGGUUGAUUGUCUUUCCAUCUUUUGUGAGGGGAACCUUGGGUCCGCGGGAAUUUGAGGAGGUGCUGCUAAACUCAGCGGUACCCGCGGGAGGUGGUGAAUGGGGUGAAGAGUCGAGCCUAAUGAUGGACGAAGAUUGGAUGAAAGGCAGGGAGGCCGUGAGUCCGAAUGCAACAAGAACAGGUCGCUUGAGAGCAGGCCGUGCCAGAGGAGCAGAUAUCGAUUUCAAGGCCGAAGGAAAGGAGAGGGAGGGUCGUAUUACGGUUCGCAGCAGCAUCGUGCUUGGUUGA